CAGUGAUCAUUUAUUUGUAGGACACAACCCUGUUAGGAUAGAAACAGACUAAGUGUUUACAGAUAUUAUAAUAAUGGGCGGGAAGUUAACAGAUAAUGAUAUGGACCAACUGGAGCAAUGGAUAGGUACAGGUCCUAAAACAUUUAAACUUCUCUACACCAUUACAAGAGAUGGGUGCGACUCUACAACGUUCCACCAGAAAUGUGACAAUCAGGGACCUACAGUCACAGUGUUGUAUAACCCACAAGGAUCGGUGUAUGGUGGUUAUGUACAAGUAAGCUGGAAUAGUAGUGGCAGUUGGUAUGACGACACUUCCGCCUUUAUUUAUCAGCUACGAUUUAAUGGGAAUGAAAAACCUACUAAAUUUCCGAUAAAAUCUGGAAACUCUCAGCAUGCUCUAUACUGUGAUUCAUCUUACGGUCCAAUUUUUGGUAAUGGUAAUGACAUAUAUACUUUCCAAGGCACAGUAAACAGCUCAGGUACCUACUUUGCUCUCAAUGGUCACUUGAAUGUUGGAAAUUGCUACGACAAUCAAGGUAUUACUGCAGAUCAGAUUAACAAUGGAAACAUGAACGUCACGGAGUUAGAAGUUUAUAACGUCGAAGAUGAGAAGAGGUCAAAACCUAUCAAGCAGGAGAACUUGAAACCAUGGCGAAAGACUAAAAGAUGGAAUGAACAGUUUUUAAAUAAGCUUACUGAGGAUAUUGUAUCAUUCAAACCAAUACCGGACUUGAAAGUGACAGAUGCCCGGAUUUUGAUCAUUGGUCCAGUUGGCGCAGGAAAAUCGAGCUUUUUCAACACUAUCAAUUCGAUAUUUCGAGGUCGAAUUUCACAGAAGGCGCGUAGUGGUAGCGCAGAACAAAGCCUUACGACUGCUUACACCCCAUACAAGGUAAAGGUCAAAUCGGGGACGCCACUGAACUUCCGGUUAUGUGACACACGUGGUUAAGAAGAGUCCCAGGGUCUCGGUGUAUUCGACUGUAACUAUUUGCUGGAUGGUAACAUACAAAAUUAUUAUCAGUUUCAUCCAGCCAUACAGAUAACGCCAAAAACACCUGGUUUCAAUGCAAGUCCUACCGCAAAUGACGUCAUACACUGUGCAGUAUUCGUUUUGGAUGCCAGCACACUGGAGAUCUUGACACCAAAAAUCUUAGAAAA